AAGUGAAAGUCAUACUGACAUAGAUGAGAGCUACCGUAUGUGUGUGUGGGACGACGUGGGAUAAGACCCGCCCGUAAAUGUGAUCUUUAAAUGAUGAGCCAGUGGAAAUUCUCAUUUUAGUGUGCGUUUGCUUCGAGUCAGGACCACUACACAGAAAACAGAAGAAAUGUUGGCUGCUUUCAGAGGACUUCCAAGGAUUCUGCUAAUAUUCAGUCUAGUACUGAACUCCAGUUUAGGUGCAGACACUGGAUGUAAAGACUGGAAUUUUAAAGGAGACAGAGAAAUCUGCUGCAAUAAAUGCAAGCCAGGGAACCGCCUGGUGGAAUAUUGUGGAACAGAUCCAGAAAAGCUCUGUACCCCCUGUGAACCUGGAACUUACGUUAAUGGUGUUGAAUUGUUUUGUAAGAGAUGUGCCCAGUGCAUAGGAAAUCAAUUUACAUAUAAAGCUUGUACUAUCAGCAGCGAUACAGUAUGUGGAUGCAAGGAAGGAUAUCUGUGUGGAAACGACAAAUGUUCCUUCUGUGUUGAGGAAUGCAAGGUCGGAGAGGAGCCCACCAAAGAACGAUCUUGUAGAAAAUGUCCAGAGGGAAAAUUUAAUGAUAAAAUCCACAGUAUGUGCAAAGAAUGGACAGCAGUCAGUUGUCCUGAUGGACAGACUUUGGUCAAAGGAAAUGUUACCAGUGACAGUACAUGCAUAAAUUUAGGACCUUUAUCUGUUGUGAAAACAAAUCAAAAAGAACAGAUAAACUGGCUUCCAGUUUCCAUUGCUGCAGGGAUGGCUGUCCUUUUUAUCAUAGGAUCCGUGGUUGCAUAUGUAAAUGCAAAAUACAAAACAGAGAAGAAGCCAAAAACCGAUACCCCUGACCAAGACGACUCAGACGUGUCCAGCAUAAUGGUUGUUGAGCAAGAAGACUGUAGUUUUCGUCAUCCUGAGCAGGAACAGGGUAGCAGCUCAGAGUCCAUCAACACGCAAGACUCAGAGUCUAAACUCAUAGUGUGAGUUUACUGGACAGUAUUUUUUUUUUAUCUGACUUUAGCAUUUCUACAGGAACAAGAGGACAAAAUCUCUGAGCAUCUGCUAGACUGUGAAAUACAUGCUUGCCUGGGUGUUGAUAAGCCUUUCCAGUUGGUGUAUCAGUGAUUAAUUUGAACAAAAUGAGUGUCAUUUGUUCUGAAGAACAAAAUGAACUUUCACCUCUGAGUUUUUAACUUCUGAAGCCUGGUGCACCUUCAUAACACAAAGAUGAGAGGUUGGUAAUGUAGGUGUGCAGUAGCAGACAGUGUGUCAACACUUUUAUGAGAGUAGGUGUCAUCUACUGGUGCUCGCGUCACAUUUUCAGGUCAAAGACCUCUUGAAAUACCCUGGUGGGCUUCCCCACUUUUUUUUUAAAAGAGCAGCAUUUUAAAAAAUGAUCUUUGGAUCAGGAACAAAGAGACUAACAUGAGCACAGUGAGACAUGUUUGCGCUUUAACCAUUUUUAUUCAAUAAUAGUUCUUUUUCCAGUUGUUUUUAAUACUAUGGUUUAUUGUCUGGAAAUCAGCAGAGUGCAGAGUAGUUUUUAGGUAGCUAAAUGUGGUUGACUAUGUCAUGUAGUUAGAGAACUGCUGAAACUAAACAUGACCUCGGGAUUUUUUAGUGUAUUUUACAUUUCUGUACAUUAGGAAUUAAAAUAAGUAAAAUUGUCAACUCUCACAUUUCUAAGCCCCGGGUUAACAAAAUUAUGAUUUACUGUUCAUUCAUUCACAAUUCAUUCUUUACUUGAGGUUAGGAAUUUAUCCUGUGCAUUUAGGUUUUGACAAGUUGACCUUGACAAUAUGGCGGAUUGCUUACGUAUAGAGGCCCAUAGAAACUGUCACUAAUGAGGCAUCUAUGUAUAUCUAUGGUUGCAUAGAUGCAACCAUAAAAUCCUCUGAAAUUGCAAGAAUAUGGAAGAUUUCCUUUAAGUUUAUUCUCACUGAGAAUGGAGGUCAAUAAACCAGUUCAAGUGACAAGCCUCUGACAUGGUUUUACAUAUCUAAACUAAAAGGAUUGUUCAGUGGACUGUAUAUCCUGUAUCUCCUGCUGACUCAGUGGGAGUUCACUGAUGAGCAGAGUUGAAAAAUAUUUACUGUAUCUGUUAUGUUAUUAAUAUAGGAAUCACGAUGAAUCAUUUUGCAUUCCAGUUUCAUUUUACUCCCACAUCUAGACAUACGUGUGCCAACGUGCCGAGCUCCACAUCCACAAAAAAAUGAAACGCACUAUUUGGCUCCAAGGAGCUGUUUUGUCAGGGCGUUAUAAGCAAAACAGUAAUGAAACGGGAGUGGAACAACUGGUGGGUGAGCAUGUGAUAAUGGUGGAUAAUCUUUAACAGUCAAAAAAGGGUCACCCAGUUUGUCACCUUGUGCGUCACCAUGCAUUUACUAUGUAAAGCCUUAUACCGGGUAAUCCUUUAAUAAAACAGCUCUACCUCUUGUAUAUAAAAACAAAACACGUUUUUUUUUCUUUUUUUACACAAGUUUCAUUUUGUAGGAAGAGAAGGUCUCACUGGAAAUUUAAGUUUGAGGUGCUUUUUGCAGAGAUUUGCAUGAAUUUGUUGGUAAUUAGGGAAAGUCUUAACCUUUACAUACAGUUCAAACUGAAUUCCACACAAUUUCUGCUGUGAAUGUAAAAUGUGUUUAUUGAUUUUAUGCGUGUGUGUCUUCUUUACAAAGUAUUCAUUAAACUUUAUAUAA